GAGGCGUACGCAUUUCACGAGGACCCACGAUAGAUAUAACUUCCUGUAUGUGUUGGAGUCACAAGGCCUACAGCCGUCUUCCGGAGAUAUAUUCGGAUUAAACGUCUUGUUCGUACGAGUGCUACCAUGUCGAAAGGCUGGCGCGACUGUAAGGCUUGGGUGGAUUAUGGAAUCCCACUGACUACUACCAGCAAUGAAGCAAGCAAGCUGUUUGAUGCCUCUCUCACUCAGUAUGUCGGAUGGUACAAUGAGGAAAGUUUAGGAGGUCUGGAAGCCACAUGUGUAAAAACAGUUGAAGCAGACCCCAACUUUGUGAUGGGUCAUGUGAUUAAGAAUGGUCUAGAUGUUUUGGGGACUGGCCGGACCAUCCGACUUGACCAAGAGUUUGACAAAGAUAUCAAAAGAAUGGUCAGUCUGGCUGAGUCAAACGGUAUCACUGACCGAGAAAGGAAACAUGUCAAUGCAGUCAGACUCUGGGCUGAAGGGGAGAUGAUCGCUGCGGCCAAUGUGUGGGAGGACAUUCUGGUGACUUAUCCCAAGGACAUGCUCGCCAUCAAGUUCGCCCACGACUCCUACUUCUACCUCGGCCAACACCCACAGAUGAGGGACAGUAUCGCCAGAGUACUACCAGCCUGGAACAAGCGAAUGCCCUUAUAUGGGUACCUAAUGGGAAUGCACGCAUUUGGACUGGAGGAAUGUAACCUGUACCAACAGGCUGAGAUUGCUGCACGACAGGGUUUGGACAUAAACCACAAGGACGCCUGGUCAACACACGCCAUGGCUCAUGUCCUGGAGAUGCAGGGCCGCUUUGAGGAAGGAAUCAACUUUAUGUCAAAUACAGAAAAUGACUGGAAUACCUGUGUGAUGAUUGCAUGUCAUAACUACUGGCAUUAUGGUGUCUACAACAUAGAGAAGGGUACCUAUGAUGACGCUUUGGGAAUAUUUGAUAGUGAGGUUUUGAAACGAUCCAGGAACUCAGGAGCAUUAUUAGACUUAGUUGAUGCCUCUUCUCUGUUGUACAGACUUCAAAUGGAAGGGGUCAAUGUGAAGGACAGGUGGCAGGAUGUGUUUGACCUCUGUCAACCACAUAUCGAGGAUCACAUCAUGACUUUUAACGAUGCUCACAUCCUGUUUGCGUGUCUGGGUUCAGAAAAACAGGAGGUAUCAAAGAGGUUGAUUGACACACUAAAAGAUUUUGUCAGAAAUGGAAAGGGAGACAAUCGUCGUAUAUCAGAGGAAGUAGGCGUGCCAUUGUGUGAGGGAAUAAUGGCGUACGAGAACGGAGAUUACGCCCGGGCAGUGGACUUAAUGUAUCCAAUACGAUACAAAAUUAUCACCAUAGGGGGCAGUCACGCACAGCGGGACGUCUUUAAUCAGCUCCUUAUCCAGGCAGCCCUAAAAUCUACCAGGAAAGACCACUGUAGAAUGGCCAGGUCCCUGUUGACCGAGCGGAAGGCACUAAAACAGACUGCCCCCCUGACUGACCGACUGAUGGCUAAAGCCAUGGCUGUCCACGUGGAAUAGAAACAAGCUUUCAAUGUGUGUAGUUUUGAUUCCAUUUUUCUCCUCAUCAAGUUUUCCAGCUCGCUGUGAACAUCUUCUAAUUCAACCAGCUAAAUUUAAAAUGAUGAAUAGUAAUCGUUCAGGGAUGAUCCCCAACCCAUACACUUUAAGAAAAAAUUUCUGUUUUCCCAAAAGGCCUAGUUUCAUGGUAUUUGGCUCAAGUAUCUUUCUAGGAUAACACAAUUAAAGUUUGCAAAAUGAAAUUACUUUGCGCUUAAUGUCAAAGAUAAAAGGGUAACUUUAGCAGAUCACUUCAAAUUUGCAUUUGGUGAUACAGGGCCAUUGUGCCUCUUUUGAUAUUAUUGUUGGUUUUUUUAAUAUUGAUAUUUUCUUUCCUUCAGACAAUUUUACGACAAGACCAUCACGCAUCAAAAUUAGUAUGCACGUACAAAGUUUUGAUAACAGGGGUACAAUGCACGCACGUAAUAUCGGGUAUAAAAACUAAAAUGAUAAACAGUCGACAGAAGAAAGUACGAUAAGAUACAGUACAACACAUUAUGAAUUGUUUUCGAUUAUUCUCGCAAUGUUUUAUCAGCCACAAUUGCUUCCUGUUCCGGCGAAUAUAUAGCAACCCACAUAUCUCGGUUAUUUCUUAACCUGAAUAAUGUUACGCUGCAUCUCAUCUAGGUCGCAAUCUUUCGCAAUCAUAUGUUACGAUCGUACAGCGUGACAUCAUUCCCGUUUACGCUAAAGUUAACAUGGCUACAUCAAAACAUCGAUCUUUAAACGAUUUUUUUCAACCGAAGUAAUUUCAUUUAUCAUAUUAUAAUAACUUGAUUGAAAGUUAAUAUUGUAAAUCUUAAUCAAGUAUUGAGUAAGUACUUUCAUAAAUUCAAUCAAAAAGAUAACUUAAAAUUUUAGGAGGGGGGGGGGGGGGGGAGGGGUAUACUAAAUAGCUUUAAGCAGACAUGGCGCUCACGGAACAUUUCAACUAUUUAUUUAUGCAUUUUUGCCUGUACCCGUGAAAUUUUCUGUAGAGGGGUACACUUUACCCCUGAUAAGAAAAAUUAAUGGGGCAUGCUGGACCAUUACUGUGCUAUAAAAUGACCUGAGGACAAAUGAUUAAUGUGCACCAGAUUCAUUUUAUUAUUGUAAUGAAAGAUUCUGUAAAUAGCCAACAAAAAUUGUACACUGAUGUCUUUGAAUGAUUUGAGGGACAACAGUGAUCAUGACUUUAUAAGGGAGGUAACUUGAAUGAUUUGAGGGAAUAUCUGUAUACCUGGUAUAUUGUUUAUUACUUUAUAAGGGAGGUAACUUGAAUGAUUUGAGGGAAUACCUGUAUACCCAAUAUAUUGUUUAUUACUUUAUAAGGGAGGUAACUUAUGUUUAAUCCAUCCCUGGUCUUUCUGUAAACUCUGACAAUCUUGUUUUCUUGUUAGAGACUUGUUAUAGCAUCAUGUAAAAAUAGUUUUUGCUCAUUUGGAAAUUCUUACAUAACCUUUCCUGUUAGUGAAUGUGCUGAGAACUCAGAUGUGUGACAGUUCUGAGAUCUAUACAGUUAAUACUACUAUAAUCAGAUACAUGUACAUAAAAUGUCUCAUUAAUACUUUCUGUCAUUGUUUGAAGCUUUCAAAUUUCAUUCAACAAUAUUAUAUCCGUGAUACAUAAAACAAUAUUAAUUGUAUUUUGUGGUUCCAUAGCAACCACCAAAUCAACUUAAUUUUACAAAACAAAGUGUUUUAUGUUAUACUGUAGUGGUGUACUAGGCCCUUCUAUUUAGUCCACAGGAUUCUGACUAUCUAGACUACGGAUGAUGUACUAUGACUAUAUAGUCAGAUUUAUAUGGACUAGUCACUUGUCCUUUGAUAUAUAGACUCUCAUUUUACCCACAGCAUUAUGUCCCUUUAUUCUCUUUCAGGAUGUUUAUUUUGUCAAAAGAUAACUUUGAAAUUGCCAAAUCUUCAAAAGUAGACAGUCGUUGUUUAUUUCAUCAGUAUAACACCUAAAAAAUAUCUAUUUUCUAUACAAUACAAAUGUUUAUAUGUAUACGAUAUAUUGUACAUGUUUAUACCAGAAUAUUAUACUUUGUACAUGUAGUAUAUCAUA